GCCGCGAGCCCUGUGCCAGACAAAGGCUGUCGGCAACUUCGCUGGUGGUAUCGGGCUUUGGGCUUUGGGCUCUGGCUUGGGUGCCUCCAAGACAACCUACUCCAAGACAACCUGGCAUUCCUCCCACUGCACGUUCGGCGUUUUACCCUGGCGGGGGGCCGCGAGAGCAAUUGGCUGCUGUUGCUGCUUCACUUCGAAGGGAGCGAGCGAUGAUAGAAGAGAAGCAGCAACAGCUUCAGCGGGCCGCUUCGGUCUUGGCGCAGCAGAAGCGCCAGAUUGAGGAAGAGUACCAGGCACAAGCUAUUGAAAUCCAGGAGUUCAAGUCCAAAGCAGAGCAGAUGCUGAAAGCCGAGCGAGCGGCUCUUGAGAAGGAGAAAGCUCGCUUGACCAAAGAGUCCGAGGCUCUAGCGCUGUCUCAGCAGACUCUCAUGCAGCGAGCAGAGGCCAUGAGCAAGUCAACCGCGAGAGAUGCUGACCGCAGCGAGCAAUCGCUUGAGCUUAUCGAGGCAGUACGACGUGAGAAGGCAGCGCUGGCCCGAGGACGGAAGCAGCUCCGACAAGAAGCUGAG